CGGCGUUGCAAGUCACGCAACCAUCGUCCGUUCGGCGAGCUACACCCAUUACCAGUGCCCCUUGGGCGACGGGAAGCAAUUGCUAUGGAUAUCACCGGCCCCUUUCCGAAGCAUAAGACCGGCGUUGAUGGGAUCCUCACGGUCGUUGACCGCCUCACCAAGUACGCCAUGUUUUUGCCUUGCCGCUAUCACGCAAAGGCAYYGGRGUUAGCCGAGGUCUUAUACACCGGUUGGAUUCGCUCCAAGGGCUACCCCAAGGAGAUCGUUUGCGACCGGGACACUCGCUUUCUCUCCGACUUUUGGGUCGCCCUCGUCAAGCGAUGGGGCUCAUCUUUGAAGCCGAGUUCGGCUCGCCACCCGCAAACCGAUGGUCAAACGGAAAGGGCGCAUCARACCGCUCAAGUCCUUUUACGCACUCUCAUUCGUCCCGACCAGGUUGAUUGGGUUGAGCGCUUGCCAGACGUUGAGUUGGCUUACAACUCAUCGAUCCAUCCGGCUAUCGGGAUGUCGCCAUUCGAGUUUGAGCAUGGUUCACCCAUCUCAUCGCCGCUGGACGCCACUUUGCCGCGCACAGCCGAAAGCGACGACCAUCUUGCAUUCCUUCGUCGCAUGCAAGAGCUUCUUGUUAAGGCACGUGAUCAGAUGUCGAAGACGCAAAUACGGAUGAGCCGUCAAGCCAACCGCAAUCACCUUCCUUGCCCAUUCCGCGCCGGCGAUCUGGUUUGGGUCUCCGCCGCGGAGUUCAGCCUCGAGCAAGACAUCUUUCGCAAGCUCCUUCCCAAGUGGAUGGGGCCUUGGCGCAUUCUCUCUGCAGUUGGUGAUGAUCCCGAGGGCCCUUCAUUCCGCAUCGCGGUGCCACCUCACUUGCCUGUCCACACGGUGUUCCACUGUUCCAAACUCGCUCCGUUUGUUUCAGCGGAGUCCGACGAGUUUCCCGGUCGACGUACGCAAGACCCUCCUUCCAUGGACGGAUUUCAGGAGGCCGGCUACAUCAUCACCGACCGGCGCCAUGGCAACAAAGAAACAGAGUUUCUACUUCACUUUUUCUACUGCAGCCACAAGGCUGACCGUUGGCUGAUGCGUUCGGAACUGCAGGCCACAGUCCCCGCCCGCUACCCCAACUGGGGCCUUCCAGAUACAGCGCCCAACAAGGUGAUGAAGAUGGUGUCCACCAUAGCCAGGCCGAAAGUGAAGCUACCUUCAUACAAGCACAUGCGGACGGUAAUGUUGGACGUCAUCUACUCGAAGAUUCAGAAGUCGGUGGAGCCUUUAACGAAGUGUUGGGACUCCUCAGGAUGCACAUUCAUCACUGAGGGGUCAACUGAUCGCAAUAAUCGACCAGUGAUGAACUUCUUGGCAUGCGGGGAACAAGGGGCGGUGCUUGUGGCGACGGUCACAAUGACAGGUAGGAGGAAGAAUGCCGCGGCGUUGGUGAGGUUGUGGGAGCAGGUGACGAGGGAGAUUGGUUUGCAUCGCAUCAACGCCAUCUGCACAGAUAACGCGGAGGUCAACAAAAAGGCGGCACAGAUCCUUGAGCGGCGCAAGGACAAGGAUGUGGCAUGAUCCCUUGGGUUCCUUGCGGGGUGCACUGUUGCAAUCUUGUGCUCAAGGAUCUGAGCAACCUGCCAUGGAUCGAGGAAACUGUGAAGACUGCUAACAUGA